GGUGCGCAAGCGCAGGUGGCCACUGCCGCGCCCUCCGGUACCGGCGCGCUACCUGCUUCUUCAGGGCGGAGGCUCCGAAGGCGAAAAACUUCCUUGCAGGGGGCGCCGAUGACGGAGAGCGGCCUGGAAAAAGCGGCAGAGACACCGCCGCCGCACACCUGUUUGCCUGUUUGGCUUUACUUGCGCUCGCAGUCACCUGGGCCCAUCUGGGUGCGGGUCGCUUAGUGGGGAAGGCCGAGGCGAGGCGGCGCCAGUGAGCCUGCGCGCCGACGGCGGCCAGAAGGGGCCAGAGGCGGUGCCGCCGGUGACAGACGCGAGCCCCACCUUUCCCACGUGGCCGCGAAGACAGGCUCAGGAGCAUCUGUUGGGUGCCUACAGCCCAUGAGGAAGGAAUGAAGAUGGCCACCAAGCGCAUCACCCAGGAGACCUUUGAUGCAGCUGUUCGUGAGAACAUCGAGGAGUUUGAGAUGGGGCCAGAGGAAGCAGUGAAAGAGGCUGUGGAGCAGUUUGAAUCACAAGGCUGGCUACCUGCUCUCACCUCCCUCGCACCUACCCUCUACUUGCCUGGGCCUUUCCGAGACAUCUGCAGGGCUGGAUACUUCAAGAUCCUGGAAGACCUGCAGGAGUCCGUGGCUUGCUAUUACCCCCAGGAGGUGUCAGCACAACUUACCCGCUUUUGUGAGCAAUGCAAGCAGCACAAGGCCUGCCGCUUUCUGGCAGCUCAGAAGGGUGCCUACCCCAUUCUACUUGCUGCCUGGAAGCUGGCUGCAGCGGGUGACCAAGGACUUCUGCUCCAGGCCCUCAAUGCCCUAUCAGCACUGAUCAAUGGCCAGCCCGACCUCUUGGACACCCAGGGCCUAAAGCUGCUGGUGACCACUCUGGACCAGCAUGCCGAUGCAGCUGAUCUGAUUUGCUCUGGGAUCCGCUGCAUACGCCAUGCCUGCCUGAAACAUGAGCAGAAUCGGCAGAGUCUGGUGAAGGCUGGUGUGCUGCCCCUAUUAACUGGUGCCAUCGUCAGGCACAGCCGCUCUGCCGAUGUGGUCAGGGAGGCCUCUUGGGCCCUCCGCAUCAUGACUUUUGAUGAUGACAUUCGUGUGCCCUUCGGCAAUGCCCACGACCACGCCAAGCUGAUUGUGCAGGAGAACGGAGGCUUGAAGGUGCUCAUCGAGGCUGCCAAAGCGUUCCCUGACAACCCCAGCGUCCUGAGUGAGCUCUGCAGCACUUUGUCCCAUCUGACUGUUCGCAACGAGUUCUGUCAAGAGGUCGUAGACCUCGGGGGCCUUGGCAUCCUGGUGGCCCUAUUGGCCAACUGCAACAACCAUCAGGACCUUGUGAAGCAAGUGCUGAGUGCCCUGAGGGCCAUUGCAGGCAAUGAUGAUGUGAAGGAUGCCAUUGUCCGUGCAGGUGGGACAGAGUCCAUUGUGGCUGCCAUGACCCGGCACCUGGCCAGCCCCCAGGUAUGCGAGCAGAGCUGUGCAGCCCUGUGUGUCCUGGCCCUGCGCAAGCCCGAGAACAGCCGGAUUAUUGUGGAGGGCGGUGGUGCUUUGGCUGCACUGGAGGCGAUGAAGGCACACCCGAAGGAGGCUGGUGUGCAGAAACAGGCCUGCAUGCUGAUCCGAAACCUAGUGGCGCGCAGCCAGGCCUUCUCACAGCUCAUCCUGGACCUGGGGGCCGAAGCACUCAUUGUGCAGGCCCGCGUUGCUCACCAAGAUUGCGAGGACGUGGCCAAGGCAGCCCUGCGGGACCUGGGGUGCCAUGUAGAGCUCCGAGAGCUGUGGACCGGCCAGAAGGGCAACCUGGCACCUUGACCCAGCCUCCUAGAUUGCGACUCUGGGUGAGUCGUGUGACUCAGGAAAUGGGGAGAUCCAUGUCCAGCCUCUCUGCCUCCCAGAUUCCUCCCCCAACUCAGUGAGACCUGUUUUCUGAUGGGUACCAGGUACAAGCUUGGGGGUAGAAAGGGAGCACUGGUAAGGCAUCUACACUGGGUCUUGUGCUCCCAUCACCAGCCAGCAGUUUUAGUAUUACCCAUCUUGGCCCCUCCCCCAAGCCCUUUCUACCAGAAGGACCUUCUCAGCAUUGCUUGGGGUGAAGGGCUAUCUGAAAUUUGGCAGACACACUGGCCAGUCUCAGAGUGGGGCAGGGAUCUCGCUUCUGCCUCUUCAAGUCCAUUCUUGCUUUGCUCCUGUUUUUCUCACCUGUAAAUGGGUCGAAGAUACCUUGCCUUUCCUGGCCAGAGGGCAGGGACUGAGGCUGGUCCAUCUCUGGGGCCCCAGGCCAGCCAUUUCUGUGUGGUAAUAAAAAGACCUUGUUUGCCCUGGA